UAAAGCUCCGGACCCAAACAGAGAGUUUUGGAAGAGAGGAGAGCGGUCCCCACACCCUCCAGGACCACACACACAGAUACAGGCUCCCUAGAAUGUGCAAGCUCACUGCAAAUAAUACCGCACACAAAGACUGAAAGACUGAUCACUCUUCUCUCUCCUUCUCCUUUAUGCACCUAGAAGGCCCAUCUAUCUGUCUGUCGUCCUUUAAGGCCCUUUCAGCCAUCUGACCAGAUGCCUCACAUGGCCCAAUUGGUUAUGAGUUCUUCUCCAUCUUUUUUGUGCUGCUUAAUUGGGACCAUAUAGCUUGGCAAGCGUAAUGAUGCUAAAAGCAAAACAAACUGUAAGUGACCCUUCUCUUGUUUGGAAUAAACUUUCCACAGUUGCUGUCGUUUCUCCCCCACGCUCUCUUGGUUUCUAGAAUGAAUAAUAGGGAUAUAACGAUCACUGUCACAGAAAAAUACAAAUGAGGUAUUUUAAUAUGCAGUGAAAAUGGUGGAAAUCUCAGCAGAGACUUGGCGGUAGACUUCUAAGGUUUUGAUUACAUCUUGGGCACUUGCGUGUAUGCAUGAGACAACAGUGCUAGAAAACAUUUUGCUUGACAUCUUUCACAAAGGCACUGAUGGCACUGUAGAUGAUGUCAUAUUACUUGUUGGUGCAUUAAUAUAGGAUGGUCUUUCAUACUUUGGCUCUGUCUGUUAUAUUUUCACUGUUCAGCUGUCGGAAUAACGGGAACCAGAAUGUGAGCAGUGGCGCUGAAGAUGAUGAUUCAUAGGGCAAAUGGUGAUGAGCCUGCGCGUAUCCGAGCUUCAGGUGCUGCUGGGCUACGCGGGGCGGAACAAGCACGGCCGCAAGCACGAGCUGCUGACCAAGGCGCUGCACCUACUGAAGGCCGGCUGCAGCCCGGCCGUGCAGCUCAAGAUCAAGGAGCUGUACCGCCGGCGCUUCCCCACCAAGCUAGUGUCGCCGGUCGAGCUGGCGCUGCCUGGCGUCCACGCGACGGCUGCCCCUGGUUCGCUACCCGCCGGCCUGGCACAGCUGGCCUUUGACGGGCACCACGGGGCGGCGCCCUCGCCGCUGCUGCCCAUCUCGCUGCUCGGCGCCGCAGCGGCCGCCAAACACGAGCUGGGCGCGCUGCCGCACUUGCCCGCUGCCCUGCACCCGGUGCACCCCGACGUCAAACUGCAGCGGCUUCCCUUCUAUGACGUGCUGGACGAGCUCAUCAAACCCACCAGCUUGGCCUCAGAUAACAGUCAGCGCUUUCAGGAGACGUGUUUCGCUUUCGCAUUGACACCUCAGCAAGUCCAACAGAUCAGCAGCUCAAUGGACAUAUCGGGGACCAAAUGUGACUUCACAGUUCAAGUUCAAUUAAGGUUUUGUUUAUCAGAAACAAGUUGUCCUCAGGAAGACCACUUUCCGCCCAACCUAUGUGUGAAAGUCAACGGCAAGCCCUGCAACCUCCCGGGAUAUCUUCCACCAACCAAAAAUGGAGUAGAGCCAAAGCGACCCAGCCGACCAAUCAACAUUACCUCACUGGUCAGACUGUCCACCACAGUGCCCAACACAAUCGUGGUCUCGUGGACCUCGGAAAUCGGAAGGAGUUACUCGUUGGCGGUGUACCUGGUGAAACAGCAGUCGUCCACAGUGCUCUUGCAGCGGCUACGCUCCAAAGGCAUCCGGAAUCCAGACCACUCCAGGGCCCUCAUCAAAGAGAAGCUGACAGCAGACCCUGACAGUGAGAUCGCCACCACCAGCCUGCGGGUCUCCCUGCUUUGUCCACUGGGGAAGAUGCGUCUGAUGAUCCCGUGCCGAGCGCUGACCUGUUCGCACCUGCAGUGUUUCGAUGCCACUCUCUACCUCCAGAUGAACGAGAAGAAGCCCACAUGGGUGUGCCCUGUCUGUGACAAGAAAGCACCCUAUGAGCACCUCAUCAUUGACGGGUUGUUCAUGGAGAUCCUGAACAGCUGCGACGACUGCGAUGAAAUCCAGUUCAAGGAGGACGGCAGCUGGGCCCCCAUGAGGUCGAAGAAGGAAGUGCAGGAGGUGCCUGCUUCAUACAACGGACUGGAGGGCUCGCAAUGUCGAUCAGCCGUUUCGGAGCAGAGGUCCUCCUCCCACUCCAGCAACAACAAGAAGGUGGAGGUGAUUGACCUGACGCUGGACAGCUCGUCAGACGAAGACGACGACGACGAACCCCCAUCCAAGAGGUCGUGUCCCUCUCUGUCUCCCACCUCGCCGCAAAUUAGUAAAGGGGUGCUGAACCUGCACACACAGGCGUCUCCGGUGAGCAGAACUCCCAGCAUGCCCCAGGUGGACUCCAACUACAUCCCGCCCCCACCCCCCCUCAUCCAGGACUACCGCCACUACUACCCGACACACAACGACUUGUCAGAUUUGAAUUUCUUCUCUGUUUUACAAGGCGAAAACCAGCAUUACAACAUGGUGAUGGCAGCGGCAGCUGCGGCGGCAUCGGCCUCAGACGAGCACGAACUGCUCCUCAACCGCUUUCUGCCGUACAGCUCGUCGCAGCUCUUCCUGGAGCCGCCGGGCGCUGGAUCCAGUGGCGGAGGAUUGGCGCCGGUCAACGGGGGCGGCGGAGGAGGGGGCAGCGUGGGCAGCAGUAGUGGCGGCAGCAGCAGCGGGAGCAGCAGCAGCUUGGUGUCGUCCAGUAGCCUCCGGGACGCCACCUCGGCACACCUGCACCCCGCCACCUCGCGGCCCAGCGCAGAUGCCCUCGCCGCUGCCGCCGCCCUCUACGGAUCCAUCUCCGAUGUCAUCUCGCUAGACUGAGCUCGCGCGCGCGCGCGCGCACACACACACACACACACACACACACACACACACACACACACACACACACACACAUACAUGUACACACACGUACGCGUAACACACAUACUCACUAAGUAUACAGAGACGUAAACGUAUACACACACACACACACACAUACAUGCACGCACACCAAAAUGGACUGAACACUGAUGAGAUUUCGAGGGUGAGGAAAGAAGAAAAGGCAUUUAGGAGAACAAGAAAAAAGUGGAACGUGGAGUUUUUUUUAAGGACGAAAAGAACAAUGCUAUGUACAGAGAACAAAAAUAUAUAUAUAUAAAUAUAUAAAUAUAUUUUCAGUUUUACUUUUGUACAUAAGACGUAUGAGACUGCCUCUCUGUUCAGUGAAUGACUUCAGUUGACUUUUAUUUCCCCAGGAUACUGAAGAUUGUUGGGUCCCUUUCUCCCUUCUGUACACAUUUAUCGGUUCCUGUGCUUCGGUCAGAACUUUUAUACCUCUUGUUUUCUUUUUUAAGAAUUCUAUUCUUAUCUUACACUGAGUCUUGUUCCGCACCAGUGGGAUUUGUCGCCUUCAGAGACCGAGAGAGACACUGAGGUUAUCAAGACAUCAGACAUUCUUUCUUCCAAAUUUGAAUUUGUGUUAUUUCUACUAAAAAAAAAAAAAGGAAAAAAGGAAAGGAACAAAAGAGAAGAGGAUUCUCUGGAAUUGUCCAGUAGUGUGCGAGGUAGGGUUGGUCGAGUUCCGGUUCGUAGGUAUUCUGUGAGUUCUCCUCACGUUUGUAAAGCAUUUCCUCGGCCUUGGCCGCCAUGCUGUGGGACGUGCAUCUAGUUUGUGUGGCUUGUCUGGUUAAUUUCGUCCCAAGUGAGUGUCCAGAUCCUCCAGUGCUGUCACACGCUCUGUUGGCAUUUGGAAAGCUCCUGCAUUUCAUGUGAAAGGAGGAUGUUUUUGUUAUGUUUCUUUUUCCGCUUUGCCGACCACUUAAUUUUCAUUUUGCACAAUGCCAAAAUCGAUCUCUUGUGUGUUCAAGCUCUGGAAUCACCCCAGGGAGCCGUGAAAAGCAUUCACAGGUUAUUCUCUCGGUGUGAUGGUUUCUGCUCCCAUCCCUGAAAAAAGUCUUUGGUACUGUAGAGCAGUGUCUGUGUGCAGGAAGUCUUUAUCUGAAUCCCGUCCAUCAUCUGUGUGUGUGUGUGUAAGUGUAAGAGAGAGAGAGUGUGUGUGUGUGUGUGUGUAUGCAUACAUGGGGAUUCCAAAUCCAUGUGAAGUUCUUUCCAUUCCUGCAGUCUAGUAUUUAAACUCAAGAUAGCAAAAGAUUAGCACCAUGUAAUCUGGCAGUAGGUGUUUGGUACCACCUAAACAGGCAAGCAUGCAUGCCUCUAUUCAGUUAUAGACAUCUCUUUUGAUGUUUAUGUUAAACUAGAUGUUCUACAAUUAUGUUUGUCACGGUCUUGCCCCUGAUGUAGACAGAUGGAGCAAAAAUCAGUCUGCAACCCCACUGGAAGAAUUAUAUACAGAAUUUUCCCUGACAGAUUAAUGUGUUCAAGCCUUGAAUAAAUGUUAGUUAUUAAACUUAAAUGCUUAGACGGAUGAAAAGAAUAAGGGGUAAGAUCGGGGAAAUAGUUUGGGUGUCGUUUUUAAUGUCACACAUUGUGACCCCAAAGACAUUCCCAGAGUUAAUUUCAUAUAGAUUUAUUUGUGACCAUUUUAUGUGCAUGUAUAUUUUCAAAAACACAUAGUCAAAUCCCUUCUGUCCUCUUGUAAGCUUGUAGAGUUUGAAGGAAGCCCAAAAUAUGAUCGAAAACCUGAGUAGGUGUUUGAGCAGUGUGUCAGCAUCUAGUGGUUUCUUUAAGGGUAGUUUAUUCUUUGAAAUGCAGAAAUGUGACCAAGGGCUAUGUUCUGGAAUUCUAAUUCCGUUAUUUGGGUCAGAUGAGCAACCUUUUUCAUUAAGGUUCCUUGUUACACAGCCAUUCCUGGCUUCUGAACAGAUUUCUAACGGGACGUUUAAAUUGUGCAACCCCAUUCUUUUCAACACUUCUCGACUGAAUGAAAUGUUUUCCUUCCUGACUUCAUCCUGUGUAUAGAAUAUGCUCUGUAUUUUAUUUAUUUCGUAAUCUAUAUGUUUUUUACAUCUUGAUUUCAACUGAUUUGUUGUCACUUGCUAGUCUUGUAUGAGCAUAACUAUUUAAUGAGCUUCAUUUUUGUUCACUUUCUUCAUUUUUUUUUCUCCCAGUGUCGCACUCAUGUGGAUAUAGCUUUUAUUAUUGACAUUCUUUUCAUGAACCCAGUAAUGAAUCCACACUGUUGAAGGCUCGUGUUAGUGAUCAGCUGGUUUGGGUGGCAGGCCAUGCAAUAUCUGCAUGCUUAGUCCUUGUAGCAAAACCUCAAACUUCUUCAUUCUCCUCAGUAUUCAUGUUAAGAACGCAUUACGGCCCAUCCAGAAGACAACCUUUUAAAAGUGCUCACAGAGAGACUUUGAAUGUUUUUCUCCAUUGAUGUGCUUCAUGCGGCUUGCAUGCUUCUUUUUAUGGCCAAGACCAUGUUUGAUGAACUGUUUUUUUUUUUUUUUUUUUUUUUUUUUUUUUUUUUUUUUUUUUUUAAAUUACUCCUCAAAUGUCAGUGUUAUGAGUGCAUUGCUGCCCUGGUAUUUAUUUAACAGUUGUGACCACCAUUGCAUGGAGUGAUUGACAGAUAAGCACAGGGCCUUACUUGUUAGCCACAGUCCCACGGGCAGCCUAUGCCACAACCUAGCCAAACGGCUGCCUCAUGCAGUGCAGCCGUCUUGCUUUGUUUCUGAAGGUUUUUUUGUUUGUUUUGUUCGUUGCUGGGAGUUGUGUUGUGUUUUUUUUUUUUGUUUGUGUCUCAUUUUCCGCCAUGUCUGUAAAUAUGAUCCGAUCAAUGUCGGCAUGAGUCACGGGGUGUGGUUGGAAAUCCUGUGAAAAUGACUGAAGCAACAGGAGCUCUCCUGCACUCAAUGUCAGUGUUGUGAAGACGAUAAAUUGAUAAAGGGAAACUGUUUUGAGUGAGUGUGUGUGUGUAUGCCAUUACUGGGUAAAACAAAGUGUAUGGUGAAUUGUGCAGAAUUAAUGUUCUGGUAAUGUUAUAGUGUCUUCUGUCAUCGUUCCCAAAAACAUCCUAUUGAGAAUGAUUUUAUAUUUUAGAUACAAAGAAAAUUGUGCACCAAGUGGGUUUGAGAUGGAUUCCGAUUUUGUUUUUUUUUUUUUUUUUUUUUUUUUUUAAAGUAUUUCAGAUCAGCUGACGUCUGCGCUCACUGCCUUAACCCCAUCGAGUCAGUUUCCAUGCGGCAUGUCCUACGAGAGAAAUGGCUUUUUAAGGAAAAAAACGAAAGUAAUGAUGUACAGUUGACCAAUGUCAGUUUGUAUAAAGUACUAAGUGAAAAAAAAAUAUUUAUUACAUGCAUUGAAAGAAAUUGUUUACUUAUUGAAUGUUACCUGUUUAUGUAGGGAAGUUUAGAUGUAAUAAACCGCAUUGAGUUAAA